GAGUUUGAGUUCAUAUUCAUAUAACUACGCUACUGCCAGUGAGGAUUAGGUUUUCAUCAUUUUCACCCGAAAAUGCCAAAGCGCAGAACCAAGAAAACCGCUAAAGCAAGCGAAUCAAUACCGAACCCUCAGCCUCAAUUCAUCGACCUCGAAAUUCAAGCAAUGGAGCGACAAAUCGCAGCCAUUAGAGCGGUUCGUGACGUGGAGAUCGAGCACUUGCUCACCGAGUUACGAUUGCUUCGCUCUUGCUUCGACCAGGAACAACUCCAGAAACCCCUCUUUCAGGUCUUCCAAGAAACCCUACCUAACCUCUCUCUCGUCAAUGACGAGAGCAACAACAAACUCGAUGUCAAAUGGAGAGAGAAAGAGAGCUGCGCCGAUGGAUUAGACGUCCACGCUUCUUUGCUCCAACGGUUGUCCAUUGCCUCCAUCCCCCGCUUCCCUGGUUUUGAAUAUUCCACCAAUACAGGGAGAAUGAGCUUUAUUGGUGCUGAUAACUUGCAUCUCAAGGACAUUGUUUUGGAAGAGCCAUCUGAAACUCAGACACUGGCAAUGCAAGAAGGUCUUCAGACUCCUGGUGUAAGUAGUCAGAGGUUGUCUGUUGGAAUGACACCCAAAACACUUAGGCUGCCCAAACCUGGCGAGAUGCUUCUCUCCGUCCACGGAUCACCUUUAGGUGUUUACAAGGAAAAUAACAUGGAAGCCAUACAUGAAUCAGAGGAGGGUUGAAUUCCGUUGUCCUCCAAGAACAAGCUAUACAAGUCUUUAUAAGCACGGAGCAAUACCAUUUCCAUCAUCACUGUAGAAGAGGGUUACCUGAAAAUUAGUGGUGCUUUGUUAUUAUUCAUUUAGAUCAGACUAAAUGCAAGCAUUGAUUUUGGCCUUCCAGCUUUCCCAAAAUUUGGAAUGGGAUGCAGUUGGAACUUGGAAUGGAAAAAAUCCUGAAGGGUUGUCUGAUUACUGUUGUGUUUUGUAUAUUGUUUGUAAUUAUAGAACAAUUUGAUUUCAACCUUAAUUCGUGCCUUCUCACAGUUGAAAAUAUGGGCAGUUACGGUUUCAACU